AGCACAUGGCUGUAUCUAGAGAGCCCAGAGAGGCUGUUAUUGUAUUUGAGUGUAUCCAGCCGUAUCUACUCACAUCAAACACCUUUCAUAGCAUCGUGGAGAUCCAGUAAGGCUAAACUAAAAUAGCUGAAAAUGGCAAACCUGAACACUGGUGAGCGUUUGGUCUCUGAAGCAGCCACAGAAGCCAGGAAGCUCCCAACUGAGUCAGACAACUGGAUCAAGCCUCUUCUUCACAAAUCCCAGAAGGCCAAAGAGUUUGCUUACUGUCCUUACAGCAAAUUCAGGGUAGGAGCAGCCCUUGUGGCACACGAUGGAACAGUUUUCACAGGCUGCAAUGUGGAAAACGCAUGCAACAACCUUGGUCUGUGUGCAGAGCGGACAGCCAUAACCAAGGCUGUGUCUGAGGGAUACAGGAGUUUUAAGGCUAUAGCCAUCGCCAGUGACAUGGAGGAGGAGUUCAUCUCUCCUUGCGGUGGUUGCCGACAGUUUAUGAGAGAGUUUGGUGUUAAGUGGUCUGUCUUCAUGACCAAGCCGGAUGGCUCCUACAUGGACAUGUUGGUGGAGGAUCUGCUGCCAGUGUCAUUUGGCCCUGAUGACCUGAAGAAAAAGAAAGCCUCCAGUGAAUAGAGUGGAUCAACAUGAGGUACUGUCCAAAAAGGUACUGAUUAAAAGCCAUAUGAUGAUGAUGAUUUAAAUCAGAGUUUUCUAAAACGGUACCAUAAUGAACAAACUGGUGGACCUAUUUCAUUUAUUUGAAGCUAAGCCAGUGAAAGAAUGCUACACGAAUGACUUUUGUAGUGUCACUUUCCACAGUUA